AUGCUCGACGUUGUCUCUGGCUUCCUCUUUGGUAGUGAGAAUGCGACUGAUACUCUACAAGGUCCAAGCUUUGAGAAUGACCUCACAACUUUGGCCAAAGCAACAACUAAAAACCUUCACGUGCGAACCAGUCUUGAAGGGCCGAUGAAUUUUUUGACAAGCUUACUUGGUGGCAACGUGCUACCCGAUGCUGAAGCUAGGGGCAGGUGGGAAACGUGGAUCACGCGAGUGAUCACAGACUCAUACAGGAGACACCCCACCAAGCCUUCUUCCACUCUCGCAGGAGAAUUUGAUAUCCCUGGUGGCACUGUCGUCAGCUCUUCUGCAUGGGCUCUCCACUUUAACCCCAUUCCCUUUCCAUCUCCGGAAGAAUGGCAACCUGUGAGGUGGCUUACAGCUGACGAGACCACGCUCGCGGAGAUGCAGAAGUGGAUCUGGACAUUUGGAAGCGGUGCACGGGUGUGCAUUGGAACUCAUUUCUCGAUGCGUGCCAUGAAAGAGCUUCUUGUCACUAUCUACACAGGUUAUGAGACUCAUUUAGAUGAGGAGUUUACAGAAAAUGUGGAACAGGAAGAUGUGUUCUCGUCUUCGCCUCUUGCGGGCUGUAUUAAGCUGAAAUUUCGUCGGCCUCUAUAG